AUGGUCAAGUUAGUCAAUUUUGGAAGAUUGCCUGUCGAUAUUUUGGAUAAAAUUAUUCCUGGUAUUUACUCAACUUCAGAACCAAAUGAAGUCACUUUCAAGUACUUAAAUGGAGUAACUGCAAAAAAAGCCAUUGACUUGAUUAUGAAUUCUGGUAAUUUGGGUUUACAUUACCACGAUAAGCUAUUUGUAAGUUAUGAUGAUCAUGGACCUCAUGCACCACGUAGGAUAGUAAUUUUCGUUCUUUCAGAGAUAGUGAGAUUGAUUGAAUUGAGACAAUUUGAAAUUGAAAUUUUUAAAUACUUACAAAAUAAAAUUUAUGACGAAGAUUCAUAUUUUCUUCAAACUCAUCCUUUUGUAUUUAAAGAAGUUAAUACAAUUAACAACCUGAAAAAAUUCAGACUAAAAGGGAUAGGUAGAUUUCGAAAAGAUGUAUAUUAUCUGAGUAGGGAUUAUAGGGAAAAUUUGUUGUCAAGACUUGACUUCGUGUAUCAAAUUAAGCCCACCUUCACUAAAGAAGUUAUUGGAAACGUAAACAUACUAGAAAUAGAGCUUUCAAAAAAUUGUGCAGAAACGAAUGAACUAAUUAGGAUUUUAGUGAAUAUGAGUCAAGAGAAAUGGCGAGUAAAGGGAUUGAUUAUUAAAUUUAGCUUUAGUGCAAGGUAUGAACUAGAAUUAAUGUCAUUGAAACACGUACUUAGUUUUUUGGAGGAUGAUGCUGUCAUUCAUUUAUUCGUUGAUUUUGAUUCUUAUAUAGGCAAGCAUCAGUUUGGUUCUUGUUUCCCCUACAGCGUAAAUUUUAGUGAACCAGGGGAUAAAUUAUCUGGUUUAAAGUUUUUAAGUCUCCAAGUUGAUUUUGAAGUACGAGUAGAAGAAUUUUUAAAACUUGUUAACACUCAGAAAUUGAGAAAAUUAUAUAUCAUAACAAGCGCAGAGUCAUCUGGGUUUCGAAAUAUGUCUAUGAUGCUUCGUAAAUUUGAAAUCAGUCCUAAGUUAAAAGUGUACCAUGGUCAGAAGAAGAAGAUAAAUAGAUUGGGGUAUCAAUAA